AUGUCAACCAACCAGAUCUGCGACAUCUGCAGCCAAUACGCCUACCAAACCCGCUUUGCCACCAUCAGCUACACGUUCCACAAGACAGUGGACGUGGAGUGGUUCGCCAAUGCGUUCCAUCGGGUUAUCAAAGCCAGCGGCCUCAAGGUCCGUGGAUACGCGCUCACUGUGCACGCUCUGGUUGUCUCUGUCUGGCUAUAUAUCGAUAAUAUUCCGGCUCCCCAGGACCUGCAGUCGCGUCUAACGUUUCCGGCUCCGCCCGGUCUGACUGUUCAGACUGGGCUGAGGGGCCACGCGCGCUGUUUCCUUGCUGUUGCUUCGAUCCGGACGGAGAUUCAGAAAUUGAGGGCCAGUUCGGGGCAGGGGACCGCUUUGAUUGAUAAUGUGAUUAUUCGAGGGGCUCCUGAGUUUAUCUAA